GCGAAAGGCACAUCACCAUUUUGAAACAAAACCAAGGGUACUGGGCACUAAAUGAGAAUAUGGCCAAUGGCAUUGAAGAUCUUAUCGGGAUCCCAUUCCCGAACCACAGCAGCGAGGUGCUGUGCGGCCUGAACGAGCAGCGGCACGAUGGGCUCCUGUGCGAUGUCAUCCUCAUCGUGCAGGACCAGGAGUACCGCACCCACCGCUCCGUCCUGGCCGCCUGCAGCAAGUACUUCAAAAAACUGUUCACUACUGGCACUUUAACAGACCAGCCCUAUGUUUACGAGAUUGACUUUGUCACGCCUGAAGCACUUUCUGCCAUCCUCGAGUUCGCCUACACCUCAACCCUCACCAUCACCACCUCAAACGUCAAGCACAUCCUCAGCGCCGCCAAGAUGCUGGAGAUCCAGAGCAUCAUCAACGUCUGCCUUGAAAUCAUGGAGCCCGACAGGGAGGCUGAGGAGGAAGAUGACAAAGAGGACGACAAUGACGAUGAAGACGAAGAUGAAGACGAGGAGGAAGAGGAGGAGGAGGAAGUGGAAGAUUUUGUCAAUCAGGAGAACCUAGCUGAUGUACAAGAAGUAAGCUGCCACCAAAGCCCUUCUGAGUCCGAUCUCACCGAAGAAGCUUUUACAGAAGCACCUAAAGAUUUUCCAAAUCACUUCCCAGCCAGUAAUUCCUCUGGACACUUGGGCAUGAUACGAGACUUCUCCAUAGAGUCCUUGCUGAGUGAAAACUUGUACCCUAAGGCAAACAUCCCAGAACGGAGGCCAGCUCUGUCUCCUUUUGCCCCCAGCUUCUUCCCCCACCUGUGGAACGGCGACUUCAACUCCUUCUCCCAGCUUGAGGAGCCACAAGUAGAAAACAGCCCCUUGGAUCUGGUGAUCAAAAAGAGGAAGAUCAAGGAAGAGGAGGAGAAGGAAGACCUGCCUCCACCUCCUUUCCCUAAUGACUUCUUCAAGGACAUGUUUGCCAACACCCCAGCAGCUCCCUUAGGGCAUAUUAAGGCAGAGACUGACUAUAGUGCUUAUCUCAAUUUCUUAAGUGCUACCCAGUUUGGAGGAGUUUUUCCCCCAUGGCCUCUGGAGGAAGAGAGGAAAAUAAAGCCCAAGGCAUCCCAGCAGUGUCCCAUCUGUAACAAAGUCAUCAUGGGGGCUGGCAAGCUGCCCAGGCACAUGAGGACCCACACGGGGGAGAAGCCCUAUAUGUGCAAUAUCUGUGAAGUUCGCUUUACCAGGCAGGACAAGCUCAAAAUCCACAUGCGGAAGCACACGGGCGAGCGGCCGUACCUGUGCAUCCACUGCAACGCCAAGUUCGUGCACAACUACGACCUGAAGAACCACAUGCGCAUCCACACAGGCAUCCGGCCCUACCAGUGCAAGUUCUGCUACAAGAGCUUCACCCGCUCCGACCACCUGCACCGCCACAUCAAGCGCCAGAGCUGCUGCACUGCACGGCCCCGGCGCGGCCGCAAGCCAGCGGCGUGGCGGGCGGCCAGCCUGCUCUUCGCGCCCGGGGGCCCGCCCGUGGAGAGCGGCUUCGUGAUGCCGCCCACGCUGGAGGAGAUGAGCGGCCACCUCGGCAGCACGGCCAUGUGCCUUCCCGGGCCCAGCCCCAAGCACUUCCUGAGCGGGGCCAAGGCGCCCUUCAGCCUGCAGGAGCUGGAGAGCCAGAUUGAAGAAACGCAGAUGAAUCUCUUCAGGCGGGCCCAGAUGGACAUGGAGAGGAACGCGGGCAUCUUCGCCUUCGCCCUGGGCCACAAUGAAAACCUCAGUGCCCAACCCUUCUUCCCUCUCCCUGACCCUUGGAGCACAGGCUUCAGCGGCUUGGCAGGGCUUGGCCACGUGGCUCCCAUCUCAGAGGCCAGCAACUAAACCCGCGCCGGGUCCCACCAUGCAUCUGCUCCCAUCCCAACAAGGCAGCCCGCUCCCCUGGGCUCCCACCUGCCCUUCUGCAUCAUCAGGCUCCCGAGAUGCUCUUUGUCCUCUCACUGCCAUGGGACUUGGGGCACGAGGCCAUCCCUGGGGCAAGCAGGGCAUGGGCAGGUGCUGUGCCCCAUGGCCACCGGCACUUUAGACUCCGCACUUGGCUUUGGGGCCGUCAGGCACUCCCUGUCCCGUCCCUCCACUCAUGGCUCCAUCUGGGAAGGCCAGGCCAGGACUGCUGCUCUCUUCAACACCCCCAAAAAUGUCACUUGCCUUAUUUCAGGGCUCGGCCAUCACCAUGAGAUGGCUUUUCUGUGGGAAAUGUUCCCCAUUUUCCCACACAAGGAGCUCACUGGACACUAACAAGCCGUCCAGACUUGGGUUUGUUAUGUUGCAUUCCUUGGCCCUUUUGGUCAAAAGGACUCUUCUGAAUUCUUUCUGGUUUUGUUUUCUUUUCUUCUUAAUUAAUUCCCAUGUCUGGCAACAAUAUUUAUUCUA